AUGGCCAAGGUCGCAGUCGAUUUCGAGAAGAUCGUCCACGAGGGCCGUGAACGUCAGAAGAACCAAGCCCUGGCCCAGAAGAUCUUCUCCAAGGACAGGAGACAGAGUGCUCCGUCCAAGAUCAAGCCCGGGACAGGGCCUUCGCUUGCGAGCAGGGUGGGCGUCAAGAAGCAACGCGCUUCCCUCGGCCCAGCGAAAGCUUCGAGCGCGGGCAACAUCAACGGCGAAUGGACCCACGAUCUCCACAGCUCCGUCAACGAUCCCAGGAACAACAGCCUCGCGUCGCGUAUUUCGACGCCAGGGAGCAAGAAUGUCGCCGUCGGGCCCAAGGGCAAGCGGGCUGAGAAGCGCGCCGCCAAGAUGGUCGACGCCCUCGAGCGGACAGACUUGCUCCAGCAGAAGCCGAACCCCGCGUCCAAGGGCCCGGGCCUGUCCAUCCGCGGACUCGCAGGGCCGUACGCCGUCAUGGCGCAGAACUUUGCGCCUGGCACCACGGCGGCGGACAUUGAGAGCGCCAUGACGCCCGUCGGCGGCGAGAUGAUCAGCUGCACCGUCAUCAAGACGCAGCCUAUCAUCAUUGUCGAGAUGGUCUUCUCGUCCAAGGAAGGAGCCGAGGCGGUCAUUUCGACGUUCAACGACCAGACGGCCGACGGUCGACUCAUCAAGGUAUAUCCCAAACCGGGCGGUUACAAGGACCCUGCCACGCAGAGGAGUGCUGCAGCCCCACACAACGCCCCCAGUGGGCCACGGGCUCAGAGAGCGAACGCCGGCAACAUUGUCGACGGCUCGCACGGGUUUCAGGACGAGGACAGGGACGACGAGCAGCCCUACUAUUACAGCACGGAGCGAAGCGGUCUCUACAGCGAUAAGCUCGUCGGAAACAGUCGCAGGGGUCGGGGGCCCCAGCAGCGCAGUAGGGGAGGUCGAUAA